AUGUUGUCCAAAAUUAACAGUGGCAGGUCAACCCUCAAGAAAUGGGUCUUGGAGCAACAUGAAAAAGGAGGAGAAGACGAGGGAGGAAAGGUGGAACAAGAGAGAAUGAGAAAUCAGAGGAGAGAGACAGAGCUGCUGCAGAGGUGAAAAGAGUAACGCUUGGGAGAGGUGAGCGGCAGGAGAGAGAUAAAGGAAGAGGUAAAACAUGCAAAAGAGUUAAAAGAAAGAGAGCAAAUCACUUUUAAUUUGACAGCCAAUUCAGCGGGGAUCCGGGGAGAAGUAAAGUCCGCUGAUUGCGUUUGCCACUGGAAUUUUUUAUUCUCUCAGAGAGAGGAUGGGAGGAAAACAGCCCGGGGGUAAGGAGUCUCAGCAGAGAGGAGAACAAGAGGUCAGCAAGGCAGAAAAGGAUGAUCAGACAAAGCACACAGAUGAGGAGAGACAGGGAACUCCAAAGCAGUUUCUACUGUAA